GUUAUAUUAGAUAAGGGUUUAAAUAAAGUGCAUGGAUGCAUGUCAGCUUUGGUCUUCUGUACACAGUUUUAAAAGCAGUUGCAGAAUGUUAUUUAAUUCAUGCAUGACUUCACGGACAAAAUCUCCUCACCAUUAUAUCCAGUAACAAUACUGGUGCAUCUGGCAAGCUUAAUUUGAUGCAUUUUACUCAAUCUUGCAAGCAAAGCUGUCGCUGGAAGAUUGGUCAAGUCAAGUCUUGGAGACGGUUUGUGCGCACACGAACGUUUACGAGGAGAGCCUCCAGUGUGUGGAGCAGCCAGCGAGUGUGUGGUACCACUGAGGACACACCCCACUGUGGAGAAACACUGGUCCUCAAACUUUGCUCGGGCAGUGGUGAGAGUUCCUUGUUAGCGCGCACAGCAAACUCCCGGGUGAGUAUUGAGCAUGCAUUUUCACGAAGUUGUCUCUCUACGGUGAACACGUUUCAUUCUCAGGCUGGUUGUUGCACGUUAGUCGAUAAUAUCAUUCAAGUUUUGCAGUUAAUUGCGCGUGGGCGUGUGCGUGUUUUAAGGGACCCUCUUUGGUUUUGCAUGGACUGAAUGUACAGAGGAAGCCUCAGCAGACUUUUCUUUAUCUGCACAAUGAAAAGGAGCUGGGAAUAAGUGGUUCUUGUGUUUUUUAGGUGUACAUACAGGAGACUGAUUGACCAUGGCUGAGGAAACAGCCGGAGGGGCUCCCGCACGAGAAUCCGGGCCUGAUAAAGGGAUUCCUGAGGAGGGGGUCCAGCCAAGGGGCAAAUGGGCCAACAACAUGGAGUUCAUCUUCUCUAUGGCUGGAGAAAUCAUUGGCCUUGGAAAUCUAUGGCGGUUUCCCUAUCUGUGCUUCAAGCAUGGAGGAGGUAAGCCAUGGGUACUCAGACUGUUUGGGAGGGUGGGGGAUGGAAAGGACCCCUACUUUAUGCCCUGGUGCACCACCCUGCAAUAAUCAUGAUCAACAACAUAAAUCUGUCUCUAGCUGCAUUUGGAAGACCGUUUCUAUAACCGUGUGUCCUUCUUAGUGUUAUGUAAUCCAGAGGUAAUUACACAGACCCUGUUCUGCCCAAAAAGGAGGGCAAAUAAAAAUUCAAGGGGCAACUUGGACAGAAGAGAGCCCAGGAAUUCUUCGCCAAACCUCUGAUUCCCUCAGCAAAGCAUGAAUUUGAACAUAUUUUGGCAAAGGUUGGUAGAUAGGGGUUCCUCAUUUAAGCCAAUCUCACUUUAAUCCACUGGGAGGACUUCCAGAGGACACUUUGUUUACACUUUUUACUCUAGAAUAUAAUGAAAAACAGGCACUCUGUGAAUGUAUUCUACACUUAGGGGUUCAAAGGACGUUUUACACUUAAUUUUUACUGCAAGGGCACUUUGGGGGGCUUCAUCCUUCAUCUACUCCAAAGUAGGGCUGCACGAUAUUGAAAAAAACUAACACUGCAAUUUUUUUCAACCCUGUGAUAUAUAUUGUGAUAUUAAGAAAUAGCUCUGCAUAGCAAGCUCUGCAAUGUGACUUUAUCUAUGCGCACUGGGACUAGUUAUCUCUUGUUGUGGACACAGGUGAAAGGCACUGCCGACACAGAACAGGUGUUUGGUCGACGUCAUCCUUCUUGUAACCGAAAUAAUUCCAGAUAACUCAUGUUGCUUUCCUUUUUGCCAACAAGUCUUCAUCUUCUGUGGUUUUCUCUUGUUCGUUGCUCAUUUUGCAAUCGUUGUGUUGUUACCGGUGUUGUGCCGAGAAAGACAUGCCAGCCGAGAAUUGCAUACACCUCGUAAAACGUAAACUCGUAAACGGGCUAAACAGUGAUGAGUAAUGUUCCCAAAGUAAUUCUCGGUGCGCGUGCGUUUCUCGGCACAACACCGGCAGCGCCAGUGACUCAUUCAUGUGCAGGGGUGUGGUUUCAUCCUCUCUGAUUUUGAUUGACGGCUGGCAGGGUAGCCUGGUUGGCAACUGAGUAAAGAACGAAUGUGAUUGGUGGAUCGCUGCACAGCACAUGCAGAGUAUCUCAGUCAGCUACCCUUGAAAUUAGAUGAGUUUGUUAACCUCCAACAUCGCAAGCUCUGCAAUGUGACUAUCGCGCGCACGUACAUUGUGAGGACGAUGCUUAAAUGAUAUAUCGUGCAGCUCUACUGCAAAGGCGUUAAAGGGACUUUUCUGGCAUUUUCUCAAUCAAUACCACAUGAGAGGUUCAUUACUUCCAACCAACGUGGACCAUUUUUUAAGUUUUCUAUAAAUCCAUUAAGCCAAUUUCAUAACCAACUGGGCAAACUUUGAAGUUCCUUUGAGGAAGUUUGUGUCAAUUUUGGCGCCUGCUGUAGACAAAGCAGUCCUUGCUUAUCAUGUCUUUGUGCCUUAGUCGUGUCUUCUGACAAGAAAAAUUAUCAUUCUGAUACUUUUGACAGUCAAAUUAAUCACUUAUUGUGAGUAUUUUACAUGAAGAAAGCUAAAACAGGGCAGUUACUCUAGCUACUUGGCUGACACCCACUCCCUUCAUUUGGAUUCAGGCAUUAGAAAUUAACACUAAAAAACCCUAAAAGUUUUUUUCAGAUUUUUUUUUUUUUGUUUUCUUAUAAUCAUAAAAACACAUAAAUAUGGUUUUCAGAGGAUAUCAUAAACAUAAAAAAAAUUCCCACAUGGUAGCAUCCAGACCUCCAGGAACAAGUCUCUGCAUUGUGAGAGUCUUAGUCCUAUUCAAGUCAAAAGUAUCUAAUUCUUCUGUGGUAUCCCUGUAUUCUUCCUGGAGACUGCGCUGGGCCAGUAUACCAGUGAGGGUGGGGUAACCGCCUGGAGGAAGAUAUGCCCCAUGUUUGAAGGUGAAAAAAACAACGCCCAUUUAGAUUCUUGAGAAUUACCCAGGAUAGUUAGACCACAUACUGGAAAUGUUUUUCUCCAUUCAUGGUAGCAUCCAGACCUCCAGGAACAAGUCUCUGCAUUGUGAGAGUCUUAGUCCUAUUCAAGUCAAAAGUAUCUAAUUUAAUCCUAAUUCAGUCCACAGUCAUGUGACAAGUCCAGAUAACUGUCCUAAUUAAAGCACAAAUUAAGGGCUAAAUAGCCAAAGAGUUUAAGUAACAGCAUACGCAGUAAGCAAAAUUUACUCAUGUUUCUUUAAACACGUCAUUAUCCUGUUCACAAGAGUCUCAAUUAAUGGAUUUUGCUUGUUGCAUUGGCAUAUAUUGUAAUCAUUACAAGCAAUUUAGGCCCUAUUUUUUUGCUUGUUACAUGACUGAGGCUCAGAUUAAGGCCAAUGAAAUAUUUUUUAAGAAAUAAGAAAAACGAUCUCACUAAGGAGAAUUUUUGCAGAUGUUAAUUCUUAUUGAACUGGAAAUUUUCAUAAGGACAUUUAAAACUGAUAGUUUGAUUAAAUGCAUUUAUUUUUUUCUUUGUUCAAAUAAAAGUAGGUACAAUCAGCCUUUGAACAAAAGCUGCUCGGUGCAUUUACUUUUAGGCUUGUGUACUCCAUCAUCUUAAGAUGCGAAGCUGCUUUAAAACAGGGACGGAGAAACACAGAACAUAAAUCGGAAGAGGCAUUUUUAUUCUGUGUUGUAAUUUCUUAUUUUUCUUUGUAUUUAGAGUUUAUCUGUAGCAAACUGUGAGAACGGGAGGGAGAUAUUCACAAACAUUGGAAUAAGAGCUCAGAAACCAAAACCUGCAUUAAGAAGCUUCAACUAGCUAUGUUUACAUGAAGCAUAAUCCUCUGGUUAUUAACAGUUUGAAAGCCAUAUGAGAUAACUAUGCUCCAUAUAAACAACUUAGACUAGAACGUGGAGCAAUGACUAAAUAAGAAAGAGUGAAAAGUGAUAAAAGUGGAUCUGAAUGAGGGAAUACCCUCCAAAAUAAAGAAAAAGAAAGGGUCUACAAACUUUCUCUGACCUUGUGAAAACGCUGUCCUGCAGGGUUGGGGAUUGCAUCACAAGUGAUAGUGAUGUAUUUGAACAUCUACUACAUUGUUGUGCUGGCCUGGGCUAUCUUCUACUUAUACAACUCCUUUAAAAGUCCUCUGCCGUGGUCUCAGUGCGACAACGCGUGGAACACUGGUGAGUUUUGUGGAAACAAACAUCUGUAUUGGAUUAGACCUGUUGUUGUUGCUCUUGUUUAGACAUCAGGGGAAGAAAAUUAUUGCACAUUUUUUGAACAUUUCCUGGUGUGAAACACCCACUCUUUUUUCUCCCCCCGUUAGAGAUGUGUCACAAACGCCCAAGCUUCUAUGCGAACCCUCAUAUGUUUAAACCCGAUGACAGCUGGUCGUUCCUAAACAACAUCACCUCGCUUGACUACUUUGAAAACUACACUAACGUGUAAGUUUGAUCUUUACAUCUUGUGAAACAUACUGAAAACAUAGCUAGAAGUCCUCAUACUGAUGUGAUAAGUAAUAAAAACACUGAUAGGAAAUGAGUGAUUGGUUUUGGCUCCCACAGAUUUACACACCCUGCUUUCAUGUGUUAAGAGCAGAUUCUCUCAUCUGUUAAAUCCAACAGAAAAUUACAUGAUAAAUGGGGACCAGUUGAGUAUUGUAGGGUUCAAAAGUACAUCCAAUAAAUCCAAAGAUUAAGCCUUAUUUGGAGUGUGGUUGAAUAAAAGAAUAUUUAUCUGUAGCCUACCAAAGUAAGUCUUUGCAUUCUUAUAAAGAGCCAAAUAAUGAUUUUAGCACUCUUAUUUAGAAGACAUGAAGCUUCAGCAGGUAGUCAGUUAGCCUUACUUGGCAAAAAAGCUCAGAAAAAGGGAAUCAGCAAGUGAGGCUUUGUCUUAAAGCUACAAUAGGUAACAUUGUUGUAAUAGAAUCUUAGUUAGAUAAAAAAAUCUAAUUUCAUUUAAAACUUGCCCUGCCUGAGACAAACAAUCAAUCAUGGUUGGUGUGCCAAAAAUGAGCCAAUCACAGCUUUAUUCCCUGCUUUUUAAGCAUCUAUGGAAUGUACAAGGAUCAGACUUUUGACAUAAAACUAACACCAGGUCUUGAUGAUAUUCUGACUUCAGGUGCAACCUUAACCCAAUGUCAGGUUUUGACAUCCAUCUUAUGUCAGAUCAUUUUUUUGGUUUUCAGUAGUAAGUGAAAAACAUUUCAGCUCCAAAAAAAAUUGAAUUUUCUGGCCAUAAUUUGUGGUGACAGGCAUUAAAGGGCUAUUGCGGGGCUGACUUGGCUGACAGGUGGGUAGAUUGUGUGUCCGGCUCAGCUCAGCUCCUCCUCUUUGCCUCAACCAAAAGUUGAGUUGGAUCAGCUAAUCCAAAAUGGCGAUAACCAUCAUUUGACUUCAACUCUCUGCAUCAGAACUUCAUGGGCAACAACAGUCAAACUACAUCCUUUUUUUACACAGUCCUUGUUCAUGAUAUGUUCAAACAUUUUUAAUGCUUCAGAUAGCCUUGGUUGAUGGUUAAGAUUCAGACUGACUUGCUAUUCAACAUUUUUGCUUUUUUCCAGGAAUGAAACUGUGUCUUUAUAUUCCAGGUCACCGGAAGAGGAGUUCUGGCUGUGAGAAAUACACACCCUUACACAACACAACAACACACUGUCAUCUUCUUAAAAUGAGAAAAAUGCUUCAAGAGUCAUACAACGAUCGUCUCAUGGGAAACCCACCGUCCAAACUGCAAUCAGGCUAAACCUAAUUAUCAAAUAAAAACAAUCAUGUAAAGCCAGAGUAGAUUAGCAUGUUAUCCCUAAAAUGAGAUUAUGAGCUGAUAGCAUAUCUCCCCUAAGUCAGAAAUAAAGCGUGGACACAGAUCUUAAACAAUUAAGGCUCAGGGAGCAUAAACUGAACAGUUGUUAAAAAAGCCACAAAAAAAAAGAAAGCUGGUAAAAAGAAAAAUAGUUGUGUCUCCUCUUUGGUAAUCUUAUUUUGUAUACUUUGAAAGCGCUGCUUUGCCCUCUAACAUGGUAACCUCCUGCUUGGGUUUGAGGAUAUGAGAACAGAUAUCAGGAACUCAUUCUGCUGCACACAAACAUUUGUGUGCUUUGUAAUGAGAACAGUAUGUACUCUUGUUCGGGCAGCUUGUAUAACACAAACUAAAGUCCUCAGUAAACCAAGGCACAUUUCAACAUCUGUAUUCAUGAUGCAGAUGUUUGCAGUACUGAAAUGCACCCUUGUGGACUCACCAAAAGUAAAUAUGACUUUCAGUGCAUCCUCCACAAGCUGAGAACUCCCCAAGUGUUUAUGUAGUUGGGUUAAAGCAUCUGGAUAGUAGAGACAAAGCGUUUGACUAUGCAACACAGCUGCACCGUCCAUUUAUCUUCAUGUUGUUUGCAGAUGAUGCAGUUGUAUAUUUGUGUUUACAUGUGCAAUGUUUUUCCCACAGUUUGCGAGUGUUAAGAAUGUCAGAUGGCAUGUCCCUGGGCAAGGUUCACUGGGACCUGUCUGUGUGCCUCCUGAUUGCCUGGGUGAUCUGUUACUUUUGCGUUUUUAAAGGAAUUAAAUCCACAGGAAAGGCGAGUACUUGUUUCGCAGAAUUUUAAAAUACUGUCCACGAAAUUAGAGCAUUGUAAACAGAAAGACAAGGCUCUACCUGUCAGCUCUGUGGAGGUUAUCAUAUUAAAGCUCCUGUAAGAAACUCUCUGACUAUGUUGAUUUUGGCGCCCCCCUGUGGACUAAGUGUUGACCCGUAGUUACUGUUUUUUCUUACCCAAUUGAAAGUAGUGUUAAUUUACAAAUAAUCUCCUUUUUCCCUUUUUUUUUUACAGUGGGGUGACGACCAGGCAGCUGUAGAAACAGACAUACGCUUACAAUUUCUGCAACAAUAUUCACAAUAAACAAUAUAUUUGAUUGCAAAAAGCCAGCAGGGUGAGACUCUAUGCAAGACGAUUUAAGCAUGCGUAGUAGAAGAUAAGCUAAGAGCAGUUUGUCCACAGAGGGCGCCAAAAUUGAUGCCAACUGAAAGUUCCUCACAGGAGCUUUAAUGUUUGAUUUUUAAUGCUUCUGUGGUCUUUCUCAAGAAAAUAGACAUUUUUGCUGUAUUGAAUUGUAUCAUAUUGCCACUUUAUACAGUAGGUUACAGCUCCUUUAAAGAGAUUUUAGUUUUGAGCUUUAUUCAGGUUAAAUGUAAAUAGUAGAUAACUGAUAACUGAACAUUUUUUGUGCAUUUUUGUGCUUUUAGGUCGUGUACUUCACUGCCACCUUUCCUUACCUGAUGCUGUUUAUCCUCUUCAUCCGUGGAGUGACACUCCCAGGCGCCGCAGAGGGACUGAAAUAUUACCUCAGCCCAGACUUCAGGAAGCUCUUUGACCCUGAUGUAAGAACUCACUGCCACAUCCAUCCUGUUUGUGCGUCUGCUGUCUAAACGCCGAACAACAAUAUGCAAAGGAGAGGCACUUUAGUGUUGCAUGACAUUUUGAUUCUCACUUCAAAGUAACCACAUGGAAAAAAAAAACUCACAGCCAAACAGAGCAUUAUCAGUGUCUUCACAUCUCAACACGCUUUUCUUUGUUAAAUUCCUCUGUCUUCGAACAGGAUAAGGACAGUGUCCUGUUAUUCCCCUCUCUUUUUUUUUGACUCUUGUUUCCGGUCCCAAGCCAGAGUCUUAAUAAGAAAAGCAAACCAAGACCCCCUUUCAGUGAGAAGCUUGUCAAAGAAGCUUUCUCCUUGAGUUUACAGUAACAUUAUGAGACAAGGGAAAUAAAAACAGUGCUCUCCACGGGGGAUUCUCUCACAUUUUGACAGUAUAUUUACCUUUGAAGUCUUUUCAGCUCCUUUUAAGCUGAAACCAAUGUUGCGAACGUUUGUUGUCAGUAUGAGAAAGCUGGGGCAUUACACAGAUCUCUUAUCCACUUAGUGAAAUGAUGUAAUCUCUAAACUCAAUGGGAACGCUUAAAAACAGAGAGAGCAUUCUGGAUUAUUUGGCAUUCUUUUGCACAAUAACAGCAUCUGUCCUACUGUGACGAGUCUUUCAUGAUUGCCACCCAUCCCCUCUCAGGCCUUCUCUUAGCUUCAGGGUUCAAAUGUGACCACCGGAGGGUUACGACGCACAGCUUCUCUAUGUUGCAGGGGUCACUUCCUUUUCUUGGUCCUCUUGGUAUGUGUGCAUGCAUGCAUUCAUGUACAGUACAUGACCAUUCCUGAGUGGUCAUGAAUAAAAAACAAAACACACUGGGUUCGGGAGACUGCCUUAAAGCCUCUGUGAGGAGUUUUAGCUGGUUGUAAAACAGACUGAAAUUAAAGAUACAAGCAGCGAUAAUCAGACACUUGUAUCUCUGCACACGUUGAAGUUUGGUGUAUGUUGGGGGGUGGAAAACGUCAGGAUGCAAAAGGGGCUGAGCAAGAGAGGAAGGGUGCGCUUCUUUCAACAUAUUGGAUGUAACUGCGACAACACAAGAGGCGGUGCAAUAAUUGUCCAGUCUUGGUUAUCGUAUUUUUAUGAACCUUAGAGGGUUAUUGAUAGUAGAAUCUGAUUGAUCACCCAGCUCUACUUAUUUUGUUGGAAAAAAAAUACUUUUGCAUGAUUAGGGAAAGAUCAGCAAAGAGAAAUAAAGUGACGUUUUUUCCACAUAGAGGAGCUUUAAAGCUACAUAAAACUCAGUGCUGUAACUUAGAGCCAAAUCACAUAAUAAGGUGCAUUCCAAAAUUCCAAAAGACGGCUUUAUUUCCAAUAAGAAAUGUUUUUUAUUGUGCUGUUGAGUUUCUGACAGCUUAAUGUUGGGCUUGGUACAGGUGUGGUUAAAUUUUGAUAUCUGUGAUGAUGAUUUUGGAAUAAAUUCUACUAACAAAUGAUAAGAAAUGGCAGCUUUUCAGUUUUUCUUUUUGAUAAACUGUGAUGUGAUUAAUAAUGAUGGUGGCUACCUUUAGUCAGCCUCACCCAAAGACAACCUUGAAAAUAAAUUAGCCGAAUGAGCUACUAUUGAAAAAUAUUUCUCAACAUUUCAGUUUUGGAAAGAUUAAAAGACUCACUUUUUGUUUUUUUCCAGUCCAGGUCUUUGACCUGACAUUGUCUGUUUCACUUGGAUCCCACUCUGUUCAAGUGUCCAGUUAGUUUUAAUUUUCCUUCUACAUUAGUAAAACAAAGUGUGCAUUUCUCCUAAAGUUUUUUUUUUUACCCACGGGGGAAUCAUAGUAUGUAAAAGCGAGGGAAAAGUGUGGGAAAAUUCGUCAUGAUGUGGAAAGCAGGUGAAAUUAGAGUUGCACAAUUCCAGAUGUUCUUGAAAACAGAUGUCUUCAAUGAAUCUUUCUUAACAUCCAAGUGUCUGUUUUUGCUUGAACUACAGAGGACAUCAUAAUUGAGCUCUGGCCUUCAUCUGCGGUUUGUUUUACGUGUGAAUGUGUCUCUUUUUUGUCUGUGUGCCAGUGUGCAUGUGUGAGUGUGAAUGUAGCGCAGCCAUGGAGACAUGCAAACGCUUGCAAGGGCACAACGGUGUCCUCUGUGUCUGGUGUUGAAUGUAGAGAUCCUUCACAACAGGCUGAAGCCUCAGACUCUGACCAGCAGUGGGGUGGUGGUGGUGUUGGUUAGGGGGGGAUAAACCAGGCCCACUGUGGGGCCAGAGAGGGGUCCUGUGCAUUGCUUUGGAGCUGUGCCAGCUUUGUCUUAUUGUAGGCGUGAGUCUUGGUGCUGAGGUCCCUCUAAUGCUAACCAGAUGCUGUCAGAAAAAGGGCCCUGCAGACAGACAUUCCUGUAAAAGAUACAUGUGGUGCAUACUCUGCAUACUCACCCACGCUGAUGUGAAUGAAGUGACGGAAGCACAAAAAAGGAAAAACUACAAAAUCUGUAUGUAAGAGUUAAUGCAGUGUGAGUGAGUUAUGAGGAUGAGGAUCGAGACAGUGAUUUGACAGUGGUGCAGUCAGAGUUUUGUGUUGUCGUGAGGAAGAAAGUCCAAACUUAUGUCUGUGUUUCUGUUGAAAAUCACGCUCAACUUGACCUUUCAAUUUGUGGUUUAGUGAGAUCAUUGAAUGUUUUGAACUUAAGCCUUAAAAGAUAAUCUGCCCCCAUAACUUUUAAAGCCUGUUGACGUUUUCUUUUCACCUAACACUGUCAGAACCCAAACUACAGGACUGUAUGUACCACUUCAUUAGCUUCAUGUCUGUCUUCUUCAAUUUGGUUGAUGGCCCUUUUGUUCAGCUCCUCGUGUUUUUUAACCUCCCACACUGUUUCUAUGCUUUCUCCCUCAUAUCUUCUCCAGUUCUUUGCUGUUGGCUGAUUAGCAUUUAACCACAAAUCUUAAAUGUUGUGCCAUCAAAAUAACCUGAGAACAGGGAGCAACUUCUGCUCUUCAGAAAUGAAGUUGGUGCAAAAGUUGUACAUGUUGUAUCAUUACACACGCAGAAGGCAAACCUGUUUAUUAUUCUCUCUUAUAGUAUCUUUUACUAUCUUUAACAGCACCCUUACCCUCAAGGUCCUUACACACCAGCGAAUUUGCGGAGCGAAGCGAAAAAGUGAGACGAAAGCGCGAAAAUAUUCGCCGGUCCGAAAAUCGCUUUCGCUUAUGCACACCGGGCGACCACUCUGUGGUACACACUCUCUCCCAUCGUUGCUCUUGGUGCCAGUGGUGGUGUGUGUCGUGUGAACUGCAGCCGCAUGGGUCUGUGAAGUCAUCAACAACAUGACUUUUGAUUGGCCAGAGGUCUAGCAGGUCCAGAUAUUCGCCUGCGAAUCUCCGAAAAAUUCGACACAAGAGUGAAAAAAUCGCAGCCGGUGUGGAAGCUUGCAUUGACUUUAUGCUGUUUUAAAAAAAGGCGAAUAAUAAGCCUGGCGAAUUCGCGCCUGGUGUGAAAGGACCUUUAGGCUUUUAAACCUAUCUGGAAAACUGUAAAAGACUGAUAUUCCACUCGCUGCCUAUUGCAUAUGUAUAAGUGUAUAUAAUAAAAAAGCAUUUAAUUUACUGAAAGUAAUCAACACUCAAAAAAUAAGCAUGACUGCAGAAUAUUCGACUACUCCAGUCAAGUUUAAAGCUCUUAUGAGGAUUUUUUGUGUCUGUUUUGGCGCCCCCUGUGGACAAAGUUACACCUCUUACAUCUUUGCUGAUUUUGUCCUGCGCAUCAGUCAUAUUUUGUGACAAAGGCACAGUUUUAUCUGUGAAACAGUAAAAUAACAUCAAAUCUGACACCUACACACCCACAGCUGCCACAGCUAUGAGAAGUUAUGGGGGUCUUCAACUUCAACUGUUUCAUCAUGAGCCAAAACCCCUCGUAGGAGCUUCAAGUCAAGUUGUUGAAAAAGCAGAAAUUAAAUCAGCAAAAAUAUUAACUUGUUGUGUAUUACGCUAUACAUUUAAUGUUAUUUGCACAUUGCUGUGAUCAUUAAAAAACUCCAACUGAAACCAAAUUUAAGAGAGCAAAGCUACCUUUAUUAAAAUUCCCUUCUUUCUAGUUUUUCUUGAUUUUUGGGGUCCUGCGUUGUUUCACAAAGUCCACUAAGUAAAAAGCUCAUGUAAGGGCUUGUUGUAGGGUGUUGCUUCAUUUUACUCAUGUCAUAUUUGUUCCUGCACAAAAAAAACAAAAAAAAAAAACAUGAUGAAUAAAUGAGCCGACAGCAUGUGCUCUGAGUUAUUUAAAUCACUCUUAUGUUUGAUCUAUUCUAGAUAUGGCGUGAUGCGGGGACUCAGGUGUUUUUCUCCUAUGCUGUGUGUCAGGGAGUUCUCACCGCUCUGGGGAGCUACAAUAAAUACAACUACAACUGCUACAGGUCAGUGUCCUUACACACAGACACAAACGACGUUUAAGGUUUGAAAUCAUACGCUCUCUGACUGGGCAGUUGUUUUUUUUUUGCAGGGAUUGCUUGGCACUUUGUUGUCUGAACAGUGCCACCAGUAUCUUUGCUGGUUUUGCUGUAUUCUCAGUGCUGGGUUUUCUGGCUUAUGACCUAAACGUAUCGAUGGAAGAAGUUGCUGCUUCUGGUGAGUUAUGUCCUUCACAUCUGCGUUCUCCAUCUCACUGUCAGCUUCAUUUUACAAGUUCUGGCAGUGGUAACAAAAAUCAACAAUGUCCACAAGAGGGCAUCUUAAGUUCAAGCGUUUGAGAGCUUAACUUUUUUGGCCUGUAGCAUGUUCUCAAAUAAUGAAUUUAGUUUUAUUUUUCCCUUGUUCCAGCUCAUGGCCUGACUUUGCUUUCUUUUUUGUCUUUUUAAUCCUGUUGAAUAAGCACUUUGGGCUAAAUCUCAAGAAGAAAUGUGCUCAGCAAACAAAGUUGAUAAACUCAAGUUAUUAGUUGUGGUGUUCAUACAGCUGUGAGGAAGAGGAGCCAUGUAAGGAGAACAAAGAUCAGCAUGGUUCAGGGAUAAGUCAAAAGUAGGAGAGAGGCCUUAAAAUCUUCUGUCUAGACAGAUCAUGUGUUUUUCACAGGUCCUGGUCUGGCCUUUAUAGCCUAUCCAAGGGCUCUCUCCAUGCUGCCAGCGCCGUCUUUCUGGGCUGUUCUCUUCUUCCUUAUGAUUCUCUUCCUGGGUCUGGACAGUCAGGUGCCACACAUUGCUUGGACUAUUGUAUGUUGUGUUUCAGCUUCACCAUCAUGUCAUAUCUACAAUAGAUCUGUUUCCCUUCUACCCUUGCAGUUUGUGUGUGUGGAGAGCGUGGCUACAGCCCUCACAGACAUGUUCCCACGAUACCUGAGAAGACGGGGUGGUAGAGAAAUCCUGAUCCUAGUAAUAGCUGUAGUCUGUUUCUUGCUGGGACUGCCUCUCGUCUGUGAGGUGAGCGGUAGAAAAAGAAAGAAAAAAAGGGGAUUCUUCAUUUUCAUUUUUAUGCUUAAUUUCAUUCAGAUAACAUUUAACACAUUCAAUACAAACAAGGAAAAAUCUCAAACGUGAAUGAAAAGGAGCAGAAAGAAGAAAACUCUUAUAGAGUCUGCCCCUCUUUAAUAAUAUAUUCAUCAACUAAACAAAUAAUGAAAAACAAAAGCUGCAGGCCAACAUGCUUUUUAGAGUUCAAUUCUUAUUUUCAAAAGCAACCCACAAAAUGAACAGAAAAGACCACGUUAAUUCACGUCUUUUCACGAAACAAACAUACAAAGACUUAGAUGAACAUAUUUCCCUGUAUUUACUCAACAUACUGGCUUUGACACUUUUUUUGAAGAUAAAAUUUGAUUUAGCUUCUUUAGUUUCUUUGUUCAGAUUGUUCCACAAACCUUUUCGUCUCACUGUAACACAACACUCCUCCAGUUUAGUUGUGAAUCUUGGCUUUUUAAAUAUUUCAAAUCCUUUUAAAUUAUAACAACUUUUUCUUUUUUUCAAAUCGGCUCUGGAUGUUGACUGGUAACAUUUUCUGCGGUUAAAAACCUGAUCAUUACAACGUCAUUAGAUAUAUGUCUGUUUUUGGACAUUCAUAUUCUCAAUUAGAGGAUGACUUAGGUCAUCUUUUAGCUUUAGCAUAGCCACUUUUGAGUCAUGAGAAAACCUCAGGAAUAAUGCUGGCAAAUGUUUGCUUAUUAAUUCUGUGAAUGAUACACUAAAAUAGUAAUAGUUCACCUGCUAGAUACUGGCAUGCCAGUUAGUAAUGUCAAGCGCUAGCAUGGUGACUGGCAAAACAACAGAUUAAAAUGUCAUGCUAACUACAUGGUUGUUACAUUAAUGUAGCUUGCUAGCUUGCUUUACUGGUAACCAGUACUCAAUUUUUUUUUUUGUAGAAUGGUCGGGGAAGGUCCCGCCCUCCUUCGCCUCUGAUUGGCUAGAAGUGCUGGGCUCCAAUGGGUUAUUCCUAAUGGCUGUGAAACAUCAUCGUCUGUCGGGUUAGGGUUAGGGUAAGCCCGUGUUUGCCUUAAGCGUGUGAUGACGUUUCCAGCUUUUCUAGCCAAUCAGAGGUGAAGGAGGUGUGACUUUCCCCUACCAUCCAACAAAAAAAAAAAAAGAAAAAUAUGGCAACCAGUACAUCUGUUAUGCUAUCUCUGUCCAUUUCAGCAGAUGUUUGCUGUCAUUACAGCUUUGAUUUUAUUUUUAGAAUGACUUUAGUGAGACAUUUAUACAGUUUUUAAACAAAUAUUAAAAGGACAAGUUCUCCAAUUGUCCUUUGUUAAUUUAAAUAUCUUAAAAAAAGAGUAAGUAAAUCAUUUAAAAUUCUAAAUAGACACUCACUCUGCAUAUUUAAAGAGUCUUAUUAAUGAUAUGUGUCAAAAUGGAAAUGUCAUGUACUGCUAAAGUGGCUGAAUAAAUCACAGCCGACUGAGCUUGUGCUUGUUCUCACAGAUGAUCUAUUGCUGGCUGCUGUUCAUUAUUUCUGUUGUUCUGAUCUGUUGUUUUGUUGUUAUAGGGAGGGAUACACCUCUUUACACUGAUUGACGCCUAUGGGGUCAGCGGAACCAGCCUCCUACUUAUCGCCUGUUUAGAGACCAUUGUUAUUGGUUGGGUGUAUGGUAAGUCCUGCGCCUCUCUCCGUAAACCAAAGCUAUCAGUAGUUUAACCAUCUCGCGCAUAAUAUGUUAUCUGUACCUAAACCAGAGGUCGAAGGUUGUUGGCGUUUUAUUCUUCUUAUUUUUGGAAAGAAAUGAUGUGUACAACACUUUCUAUAAGAGUAGGAGUAUCUCCAGUUCAUAUCUAGAAAACCGGAACAAUGAUAAAAUAGGAGGAAAUGAAGAUUGAGAUUUGAUUAAUACCUUCUUUUAUGAUGAGAAGUACACAUGGUCAUUUACAUUACUUAUCUAAAAGUAGAGGAGCAUGACCUGAGCUGUUUCUGUUGGCAGGAAAGCAAUAGCAAUUAUCUGGAAUUUGUAUGUUUUUCUUUUCACACUUACUCUGACAAAUUCACCCCGGUAAUUUAGCUAUUACAUUCACUGAGCAAGGAAAAGAUUCAAAACAAAUACUGGACUCCAAUGUCUCAUAAAUCAUCAGUUUUGUUUACAAAAGACAUGGAAACAGUUGUGUAUCUCUCAACAGGCCCAACGGUUAUUAUAACAGAGCCUGAAGGGUGUGCUUUAUGGUUAAUUUAAGUAAAAGAAAGACUUUACGUUAUCAUGUGGGACUGCACUGCACAAACAUGGGUGGGGAUGGGAAGUCAGUGCAUAAAUCACAUGAGGUUAUAUCACAAGAAGAGACCUUUUCUCAGCUGCAGGCGCAUGCUGUUUGUGGAUUUUGUGCUCCAUCUACUGGACUAAAACCGCAAGCAAAAUCAUGUGCUGAAAAGCUUCAUUCAGACACAAAAGAGGGAAUGUGAAGGCUCUUAGCUUCCUCACAUUUUCCGUUUUGUCUUUUCUGUAUCUCCAGUUUUGAUUCUUGAUGCUAUUUUUCAUCAUGUAUGCAAAUUGCAGUCUUAAACGUUUUCUUAUUUUCCGUUUUCUUCGUCUUAAAAUGUGUCAGGAUUUGUCCCCCUGCCCACACCACACAUUAUAAUCUCUCAUUUCUAUUCUCUAGCCUUCCUCUGCCAUCAUUUUGAAUCAAUCCCCCAGGCUCCCACUCCUUCAUUUAGAGAAAAAUUACGUCUUGGAUCACAGCAUGUAGUUUCAGAGCUCCUCUGUACUUAAAAUGAUUCACACAACCCAAUUUUUAAAGUUUCUCUUACAUGAAUGUGACAAUACAAGCUGUUUUUUUUAAAUUGAAUUGAAUCUGUUUGCCACCACCUAAGGCAAAUGUCUAGUUUUUAUACAGAGGACUGUAAAGCACAUCCUUUUUGGAGUUAGGUUACCUUUAUCUUUUUCUCUUAAAUUGUUCUCCUCUUUUUCACUCAUGACUUUGCAGGAGCUGACCGUUUCCUGGACAACAUCGAGGACAUGAUCGGGUAUCGGCCACUCUGUGUUUGGAAGUACUGCUGGCUGUUUGUGACGCCCGCCAUCUGUGGAGUAAGAUAUUCAUACACAAGACACAUCUUUGACUUCACACUUUGCUUCUUUAAUGUCUGUUUCUUCUCAUAUCUUUGUUUCUGUCUAUUAUUUCCUACUUUAAUUCACUGCUUAUUGAACACUGAUCUUAUGCCAUCCCUUAUCUCCCUGUUCCCUCUCUACUGGCCUUUUAUCUUUGAUGAGUUAUUCCCACACUUUCAUUUUGCAGCCUCAGUAAUUUUGCCUGAUAACAUGGAGGAGAAAAAGGAGAGGCUGCUGCUGUUACCUGAAAAUGUGGACUGAUUUUCCUUUGAAACACACAUCCCUGCAGUCACGAUCAGUAGGAGAUCAGAAAGUGUUGGAGCAUCUUAUUAGCUGCAUUUUAUUAGAGUCAGCAAGUCAGGUGCUCUUUUCUGUCAAAUGAUUAAUUUCAAAAAGCUCUAUUAAGAUACAGUUUGAAAUGAUACAGUGUCAUACGAACAGAUAUGAUAUGACCUAUGAUAUGAUAUAGUAUGACAUAUAUGAUAUAUGAUAUGACAUGAUGAUAUAUGACAUGACAUGACAUGACAUGAUAUGACAUGACAUGAUAUGACAUAUGAUAUGAUAUAUGAUAUGAUAUAGUAUGACAUAUGACAUGAUAUGACAUAUGAUAUGACAUAUGAUAUGACAUAUAUGACAUAUGAUAUGAUAUAUGACAUAUGAUAUGACAUGACAUCACAUGAUUUGAUAUGUUAUGAUAUGAUGCGAUGCAAUACAAAAUCAUCCGAUGUGAUACAAUACUGGCAAAACAAUACAAUGUGAUUUGAUGCAAUACCAUACGAUAUGAAAUUAUUGGAGAUUAUACAGUGCAAUAACACGCAAUAUGAUACAAUGUGAUAAGAUGAAUAUUAUAUAAUAGGUUACAAUACAAUGUGAUACAACCUGAUACUAUACAUCAUUAUAGUAAUGGUAAUAAUCAUAAUUGUAAAUGUACCUUAAGGGGUCUUUUCAAGUUCUUGAUACUUUUAUUAACAAGGGAGUGGACAAAUAUACAUAUAUUUAUUUUAAUAUAAGAGCAUGUUGUUAAGAUCAUCAUUAUUUGUGAUGAUGAAUUUAUAGGCUUCAUAUACAGUGUUGGAAAAAAGUUUGGAAUAUUUUCUUCAGUGUUUCGUGUAACGUGAAUGAUCCUCCAACAAACGUGGCUGAACUGACUCAGGCUUUGAUCCAAUGCUGGCGAGAAAUCCCGGUUGAAACUCUUACCAACCUAGUGACCAGCAUGCCCAGACGUGUACGCGCAUUGUACAAUGCUAGAGGCGGUCACACAAAGUACUGACUGUAUUGUUGUUAUCAUCUUGUUAUGUUUGAUGUUGCUUUCAAAGAUGGUCCACGUAUUUUGUGGCAAUUUAAAAUUACAGCCAUUUAUUUAUUAAAUACCGACUCAUGAUUUUAUGCGUUAUUUCUAUGGCUUUUUGUGAAUCAUGAGGUGUCCGCCCUACAAUUUUUUGAGAAACAAAAUAGUUUGAUGUGAAUUUCAAAAACAUAUCACAGAGACCAGGGAACAUUAAAAAGUCUUUGAAUAAUUCUCCAGGAAGCAGCAGACUGCGUUAAACACAAGGCUGGGGUUGAGUUGACAAAUAUUCCAAACUUUUUUCCAACACUGUAGCAUGUUUGUUAGUUAAUUUCAUUUCAUAUAGCUAAGAAACAAAUGCCUCCUUAUAAGAUACUCUCUCAUCCAAGUUUCUUAAAAAAACAUGAGUGUUUCUCUUUUUUUUUGACUUGAUACAUAAACAUUUUAUAAGGCCUUUUUUUUAUUUCCUUUUUGCCUCAUAGCCACUUUAUAGACUUUACUUUGAACACAUCAUUAUUUAAGCUCAAGUUGGCUUGUUUACUUCCCUAACUAGCCUCUAUCCUGUUGGUUUUUUAGUAAGGAUGUCAACAUUGGAUUAUUGAUUUGAUUUGAGGGGGUUUGCUAUGAAGUUUGGGAGUGAUAACCACAGUUGCUCUGACUGGGGGAGGAAGAUGACUCUGCCUGGCAGUAACAGCAACAGCAAAGUUUUUUUUAACCCAAAGACAGUAAAAAUCUUUAAACUUUUCCUCUCAUCACGUGGUCAGCAAUCUUCAAUAGCAGCUAACAAUCAUGAUUCUUCCGUGUCCAUUUUAAUACCUACUGGCUGACUUUGUUGGACAGAUAAUGUGUGUUUGCCAUCAGGGAUUUGAUUUAACAGACAUAGAUCAACACAUAUUGUUACGUCAUGGGCCCCAUGGGGCUCAAUAGCAGUAUGGAUAAGCUCAGAUCUUAUUGAUUUCUGGGAUAUGAAAAUGUGGAACUGAGUCUUUAUUAAAGCAAUGCUUCCUUUUCUUUAUCCAUUUCAGCUUAAUUGGUUUUUUUCUGUGCUUGCACUCCAUUACAUUAAUGUUGCACUGCUUCCUGUCUUCCCUUAAGGCAGGCUGGAGAUAAUAAUCACAGGAUCUGCAUCUGUUAAUCAUGCAAAAAAAAAAAAACAAAAAAAAAACAUGUAGCAUUGAAAGGGAUUUGUACUUACACCUUUUUAACACAUUGAUUUUGACAGUUCUGGCUGCUGAACUUUUUUGCAUGACAAGAAUAUUCAAAAGAUACUUUUCAGAUACACUAGGUGGAACAGUUACAAGUUAGUAGUUAUUUUGUUGACAAAGACUUGUAUAUUCACACCUACACACAAAUCCCUCUGACUGGACCAUUUCCUGUUUCCUAGCUUACUCUGCUGUAUGACCUUGCACAAAUUCGCCUCGUAAGGUACUAUGGAUAUCAGUUUGGUGUUUCGGGAGCUGUGCUGUGCGGUCUACUCAUCAUCACGCCUCUGAUUUGCAUCCCAGUCUUCAUUUUUGUCGCAUUGUGUAGGGUGAGUGCAUUCAAAAGUUGUACUUCAAACCAUGACGUAUGAAAGUGUGUAUGACCUUUUUUAUCGAUAUUAUUUUAUAUGCCUCUGACAUCCAGAAACCUGAUCAAAUGACAACACCAUCCAGUGAUCUACGUCAGGCUCGGCCGCACAAGCCAAUCUUGACUUUGUGUAACCUCACGGUCUUGAGAGCACAAGGGCAACCGAACAGGAGAGCGGAUGAAAGUCAUGAGAAAAUAAUGAUGGAGGAGCCCAGCGGGGUUUAAUGUUCACUGAGGGAGCGGACGAACCUGAAACAGCUCACGCUGCACAGGUGGUCUCUUUAAACUGUACAAAUACGAGACAAAAACACAGUUUUUUUCACUCAUUUGCAAAUUGAUUUCAAUAUUUUCACACUUCAUUCAGGGAGAUCUUGUUGCAGUUUUUUGUUUUUUAUAAUUUUUUAUUUUUAUUUUGAAUAUGUGAGUUAACAUUGUAUAAUGUAAUGGCCUUAUGAAGGAAUAUAGGACUUAAACUUUUGACUGUGUCUCGCUUUCUGUUACCGUCUCUUUCAUUCAUAUGAAAAUUUUGCGCUUUCAUUUGUAACUUCUUAUGCUUUUGAUUGUUUUCAAACUAACACAUUUCAGGCCCAACUGAUGCCAUUUUAAGAGACAGAACUAGAGGCAACUGAGUGAAAACUAUUAUUGGGAUUAAACUUCCAAAACCAUACUUUUUUUUCCUCGAGAAAAGAAAAAUCAGAAUAUUUCUGUUUUAAAAAAAAGAAGGUUGUGCAUGAAUUUGGAACAUUUUAGUAUUCAUCAUAUUUUACCUGCACAGAUUUUACAUAAAAUCUGUGAGAAUUUUGAGACAUUUUAUGAAAUUUUAUGUUGUAACAUGAUAUCUCUAUUUUUGAUAUCCAAUGUUUUCAUCACUGCAAAUUUGCAUUUCUUUUAUAAAUAUUGAUUUUAUUGGGUAUUCAUCAAUUUUUUUAAGCCCAAUCAGAGAAACAUUUUUUUUUCCAAAAUGUAAAAAUUAUGUUCACUUCUUUAUAUUUUUUACAAUUUUUUUUAUUGUAACAUAGUAAAAUUGCCAUUAAAAUUUUCUGUUUGA